AUGACCGCCUAUGAUUUGGCGACGGAGAUAGUGAAGGGUAUCCAGAUCACGCUCUACCUCCUGACUAUCAUCUUGGGCAGUGUGGGGAACUCUGUGGUCAUCUGGAUGGUUGGCGUGCGAAUGAAGCCGACCGCUACCAACGUGUGGCUGGUGAACCUGGCCGUGGCUGACCUGGUGUUCUGCAUCUCACGCGUCCUCACGGUCAUCUCGCUCGGCUUCCGCCAGUGGUCGUUCGGGGUCCUGCUGUGCCAGGUGAACGGCUUGCUCAAGUACACCAACAUGUUCUGCAGCGUCUUCCUCCUGGUGGUCAUCAGUGUUGACAGGGCCCUGUGCAUCUGGCGCCCUCUACGGGCCAAGAUCACGCGCACAGUCUCCCUGUCCCGGGCAGUCAGCGUGGGUGUUUGGGUGGUGGCGCUCGCCUUGAGCUUUCCAUACGCCACCAACCGCAACACCAGUCUGGACGCAUACAACAACACCAAGUGCACCAUGGAAACCAUGGUGAGCGCCAGAGGCCGGACUGCUCUGUACCUGGUGCGAUUCCUGUUCGGAUUUCUCCUGCCGUUCCUGGUGAUCGUCUGUUGCUACGUACUGGCCGGGUGGGGCAUCAGGCGAUCACGCCUUAACAGGAAGACCAAGAUCCUGCGCACCCUGGUCCUGCUGGUCUCGGCUUUCUUCCUGUGCUGGGUGGCCUACCACACCCUGCUCCUGGUCAAGAUGGUCAACAGCAAGAGCAAGUGGGUGAAGCUCGGCCUGCCCGUGGCCACCGGACUGUCCUACUUCAACAGCUGUGUCAAUCCCAUCUUGUACUUCUGCGUGGGACUGGACCGGCAAAAGAACUUCAAGAGGAGCAUUUCCGGUGCUCUCCGCCGAGCCCUGGAGGACGAUGGCAUUAGCCCUGUGACAGCAGGCAGAGAGGCUGAGGGACAGGGGAUAGACUUACAGGACCAAAACACAAAAGCUGAGAGUAUCAACCCUUGAAUUAUGGUCACAUUUCUUACAUUUUUUUUUACUUUUCAGGCCAAUUUGACCCAGGCAAUUAAAAUCAAUAGAAAAUAUCUUCCGGUGUGAAAUUGAGCUUAACUGUACCGAAACAUGUUAAGGUGUACUCACACGUGUUGUAAGACGCACUUUCGCUCACCGGCAGCAUUCCGAACUCCUCCGUUUCAGCCUAGCUUGCAGCAGGCUUGAAUCUAUUAGAUUAGGCAUCACGUAGCCUAUGCAGCUAAAUCGCUAUUUUUAAACCAUUAAAAAGGU